AUGGAAAGAUGUAUAAUGAGUAACUGCGAGCGACUCAUUGAAUUGAUUGUACUUAAACUGAAUCAAGACUGGUUUCCGCUCUUGGAUCUGCUUUCAAUGGUCUUCUGUCCAUCCAAUAAAUUUCACUCAUUUACGAGCACUCGACCCGAAAUGAAUGUGCGAUCGCCGGACGAAGAAGUGUUUGCCAAAAGUCCGGACCCGCGGACGCCUCGGGGAUGGCUCGUAGACCUGAUUAACAAAUUUGGAAAAUCAGGCGGUUUUCGGAUAUUAUUAGAGCGUUUCGAAAGCGGGCCAACACUUACUGUUCCUCUAAUCGCCGCACUAUUGAAACCGUUUGGCUUUUGUUACGACUUAUUAACGCCGCAAACG